AUGAAUAACGUGGAUCCAGUGAUCAUUGAGAAGGAUGGGGAGCGAACCAGUUGGGGCAAGUGGGGUUUUGCAACUUUGAAGGAGAUGGUAUAUCGAGGAGUGGUUUCAACUACUAUGAUCUACGAUGAGCGGCCGGUAUUCGACCAUUUCCGCUAUGUGAAUGACAAACUCAUCGCAGGGAUCAUGGAAGGCAAGACACUUGGCGAGGACUUUUUCUUUUACUUAAAACGAUAA